AGAGAGGAAGGUGCGGGCGUCUGCUCUUAUGUUCGAAGAAAUUUUGGUAUGGUGUGACGUGAUGUGAGGUGAUUUGUUUUGUAGUGCUUUUCUUUAGGUUUUGAUUUCUUUUUCUUGAGUAUUAAUUUUUAAGAGGAAUUCGAAUUUUUGAAAAACGUAUUUGAGUAGGGCAUUAGGCUAGAUCCAAAGUCUUCCAGAUGAAUAGUUUGCGAAUAUUUUAUACAACAUUUUUAAAGUAUUCGUAUUUUUUUUUAGGUUUGAGUCUUGGUAUAGGUUUAGCUGUGUUUCUUUCAUUUACUGGUGCUUCAAGUAAUAUAAACAAGUGCCUACCGAACGCUUAUAUUCUACGAGAAAAUACCGCGAAAGGAUGGGAUAUAUUGGAAAACUUUGAUGAUUACGAGCCAAUAAUCGACCUGCAAAGGAAGCCAAAUAAGCCACCACAACAUCAAGAAAAACUUAAUCGUUUAAGACCAAGAUAUUAUUCCACUGAGCUCAGCAUCAAAGAAAAGCUAUUUGUUGGUAUUAUAACUAAUCCUCAAACUGUUAAUGUACUUGGAGUAGCUUUUAACAGAACUUUGUCAAAACAUGUAAAAACACUUGUGUAUUUUUUGAAGGAGAGCCAUCCUGAAAAUUUGAGUAAUAUCUUCUCUUUACAAACAAUUAUUGGAUUCAAAGAUGUGUCUGGUGAAAAGGUACAAUUACACAUACUCAAAUACAUAUUGGACACAUUCGUCAAUGAAUACGAUUUCUUUUUUCUGGUUCGAGACACAACUUAUGUGAGAGGGUCAAAAUUACUUGACUUUGUAAAUCAUUUAAGUAUUAGUCAAGAUGUUUAUACUGGCCAUGUAAUCCAUGAUGAAAUAAAACUGAAUGACUAUUGCUCUUUAAAUGGUGGUCUGCUUCUGAGUAACAGUGUGAUCAAAAAAGUUGGACAAAGUUAUACUUCCUGUCUAAAACAAUCUGCUUUCAGUAACAGUCAGGAUGCUUUAGGAAGAUGUAUAACUUAUGUUACAGGAAUGUCUUGCAGACAAGAAGUUCAGGGUAAAACCUUUCAUGCAUAUGUUGUUAACAAAGAUGUGAAAAAGACACUUCAAGAUAUGGAUGCAGUAGAUCCAAAAGACUUCCAUGUAGUUUUCCCUGUAUAUAAUUCAAAAGAUCAUUAUCAAAUUCAUAAGUACUUUAGUGAAAAAGAAUUAAGUAUAACUCACUAUAGUAUUAAAUCAGUUGAAGAACACAUUGUUCAACUUGCACCUUUGGUUCCUGGAAGAAACUCAAGUGUUACAUGGCCUCUAGGCUUAGAACCCCAUUUUAAACCUGAAAGUAGGUUUGAUGUUAUUAGCUGGAAUCACUUUAAUGGGACACACAAGUUCUUAGACCCAACAGACCCUCAAGUUGUAUCCAGACUUGUUGGAGUGAAGCAAACAGAUACUAUUGCUAUCCUGAAUGACUGCUUACAAUGGUUGCAAAAGAAAUAUGGAAAGGUGUUUUCAUCUCAAGUUCUUGAAAAUGGAUACUGGCGUAUUGACCCUACUCGUGGUAUGGAGUACUUAAUGGACAUCAAACUGUUAAAUAACAAACAAAACAAAAUAGUACAAAAAAGACUGGAAAUCGUGCGACCGUUAAACAAAAUUGAGAUAAUUCCAGUGCCUUAUGUGACAGAGCACACUCGCAUUGCUUUAGUUACUGUUGUAAAAGCUGAUGAAAUUACUUAUGCAAAAGAGUUUUUAAGUGAAUAUGAAGUUGCAUGUUUAGAAAAACAAGAGAACUCAGCUUUGCUGCUGGUAUUUUUAUAUGGUCCAAAUGACCCGGGGAAAGGGAGUAAGGAUGAUGUAUUUGGCCAGUUGAAAUCAUUAAUAUCAUUUUACAAUAAUAGGUACCGAGCUGGUGGAGCCAAAAUUGCGUGGUUAAGUGUAAAAACUGAUAUUCGAGAACCACCAGAUUUUGCAGUCAUGGAUCUUGUGUGCCGAAAGCUAACUCCUGAAUCUAUAGUUCUACUGGGUAAUCUCAAAAUGGAAAUUCGGACUGAUUACUUAAAUCGUGUGAGAAUGAAUACAAUUUUAGGUUUCCAGGUGUUUUUUCCAAUCCCUUUUGUACAGUAUCAUCCAAAAGUUCAGGGUACUACAAGUAAAAAUUUUGAGAUAAAGAAGGAUUUAGGUCAUUUUGAUAUUCAUAGCUAUCAGUCAAUGAGCUUUUACAUUUCUGAUUAUAUAGCUGCACGUACAUUAAUCAAGAAGGAAGUGCCAUUUGUUAAAACUGACAGAGAUCUCAAAAAUGAACGGCUAUAUAACUUGGAGUAUGGAAUAUUUGAUAUGUUUGUGAGAUCCAAGCUUUGCCAUGUUUUACGUGCCAUAGAGCCAGAACUAAGAAUCAAAUAUAGAACUUUAAGUUGUAGUUUAGACUUGAAUCAUGAGGCUUACCAACAGUGUCUACAUAGCAAAAAAGAAAGUUUAGGCUCCAAAUCUCAACUUGCUAAGCUCAUACUCAAGAAAGAAAUGAUACAGAGUGAGCAGACGAGGUGAUAAUUUUAAAACACUACAUUUUGAAAAGCGUUAGCAGUUCAUAAUAUCUGUUGUUCCUUUAAUUAAUGUCGGAGAUUCAUUGUCAAGUGAGAGCUUUCAUUAAAAAAAAACAGAAUCUCAAUCCUCAAAGUUGAUGGCAAAACUGCUUUCAGUAAUUUGUUCCUAGUGCUACUGUCUCAAGAUUAGAUGUCAUUCACAAAUGUAGAUAGAAUUUACUUAAUUUUCCAAAAGUAUAUAUAUACCAUUUGCAUACAUAUAGAUCAAUUUAUUUCAUAUUUUUUGUUAUGGCAAUGACUGUACUAAUUUUGUUGUUUUUUUCUUUGUGACUAACGUUUUAUAAUUUUAAUAGUUUUUUAGGAAGAUUAUGAAAAGUCAAGUUCAAAGUAUAGUGUAUAAUACUGACAAGAUUUCUAUGAAUGGUUCUGCCACAUUGAAUUCUGAAUUAGUGUAGUACCUGCAUCCAGUUUUUAGCCAAAUGGUAAAUUUUUCUAAAUACUAAAAUUAUAUAUAUAUAUAUAUAUAUAUAUAUAUAUAUACAUAAUAUGCUAUUCUUUUUUAUUAGUUUAAUUUUUAUAUGGAUAUUUACUUGGUCAUAUCUUUACUUGUUAUGUAACUGCCUAAAUGAAGAAAAUGUAUGGAAUGAACAGAAAACCUUUAAACCAGGAUUUAAAAUUGGAGCUUAUUGUUUUGUUCUUUUAUGAUGUUCAUACACACAUCUAGGGCUGGGUGAUUAAAUUGAUUAAUUGAUAUAAUCAAUUAACUGUGGGCAUCAGCUACAUGAAUUAGUCCCAUAAAGUAAUCCAAAUUACGAUUAAGUCAAUUAGUAUCAUCAAAAUAACCAUUUGUAUUUUCGAUUCCAUUUUCAAUUAUUGCCACUACUAAAUAAUUGAAAUUAUGAUUAAAUCAACUAAUAUUUCUGGCUAUUAUUGUUUUUGAUUAUUCCAGCUAUCCAAGAAAAUGAAAUAUUGAUAUUAUUCUCAUUUGUUAAGCACCAAAGUUACACAAUGGGCUGUCUGUAUUCAACUCACUUAGGGCAUCAAAACCUGAUUUGUGAGGGUGUAAGUUGUUUUUUUUAGUCAAAUAAUAUGAGAAUAAUCUAUAUUCUCAAGAGAAGGAUAAAAUGAUAAUCUAUCAGUUGAAUGUAACCAAUUAAAGAGCCCAAAAACUAAUUGAUUAGCAAAUUCCACUAAUCACCCACUUCUACUCACACAAAUUUUCAGAAUAUUUGGCGUUUUGUUUUAGACAACAACAUACCUUAUUUAUUGGUUUAAACCCAUAAAACUUAAGUUGAGAAAUAAUUUUCGUAUAGUUUAAAAACUGACUGUGAAACUAAAAUCUGAAAACUGUGCAGUCAAAAGGUAUACAUGUAUGUUUGUGAAUUUGUAGUUUUAUAAAAAAUAGAAUAUAACUUAAUAUUCUACUUAAUAAUUAGAAAAAAGUAUGGUCAUGUGAUUAAACUGGCUGGAUAUUUGGUGCUAUUUUAAUAUACAUGUAAUUGUAUUAUGCAUAUACAGUCUUGUUACCUACUAUAGAAUAAUAGGUACUUUGAUUUGCUAAGUAUUAUAUUCAUAGUGCCUUAAAAUUAACAGUAAUAUGAAUUCAAGUCUAUAGGACAUAACUAGAUGAAUAGUAUCAGAUGUUUAAAAAAAUUAAAUGGGAAUUUUUAACAAAAACAUUCUGAUUUAAAGGUUGCAAAUGAAACUGGUUCAGUAACAAAGUUAUAUCUCAUGACACAGUUGUUGUUUUUGUUACUGUGUAUACUAUUUUGUAUAUGUGGUUCACUAGGAGUGUUAGAUGUAUUUUUAUACAAGUUAGUGCUUUUUACCUAGGAUAUUUUGUACUCUGUGGAAAAAUAAAUGUUUUAAAUUACAUUUUAUAUGUAGGGCAAUUUAAAUAAUUUACAAUACUUUGUGUUUCACAUAGACUUAUAAUGAAUGUUAUUGUGAAGUUUAUGGUAAGUUUAUUUUUUCAAGCCUGAAAGUUUAAAAUUUUAUCCUUGUAAUUUAAAUGCACUUGUUUCUUUAAUGUUCAUGACAUUUUUUAAGUUAUGUGAUGCAUUUUGAAACAUUUUAAUCUUAUUAAAAAAAUAAUUUCAUUCUUGUAUAUAUAUAUAUGUAUAACCUAGAGUGCAAAUUGAAAGAAACUGUAAUAGUGUAAACAAGAAAGCUAAAAUACUCUCGAUUACAGUGUCAAAUAUGUAUAUGUGUACACUGAUAAACAUCGCAUUCCUGCGUUCAUGUACAGGUAUACUACAAGUGUUUAGUUCACACCUAGACAAUCUUCCUUAUUAUUUUACUAUUGCCUAAAUUUUAUUUACAUUAGGCUUGAUGUGUUUUUGUACUAACAUGUAUUGUGUACUCAAAUUCUCAUAAAUAUUGUGAUGAUAUUUUUCAAAUUUUGUGAACUAUUUGCAUUCAAAAUGUCCUCCUGAGAUUAAGGAUUUUACAUAUUAUAUCUCAUACUAUGGUUUAUCUCAUUUUUAGUAGCAAUUUUUAUUUGAAACACCCUCUCCAAAAUCAUCUGUACUGUACCAUAUUUCUGAUAUGAAAGUUUACUCCUUGAGAACAAUAAAUGUGAAAAAUAUCCCUUUUAAAUCAUAUUCAUUGUGUUAAGUUGUUCUUGGAAGUAUAUGUAGGUCAGUGAUGUCACUGAUUUGUAUUGGAAAAAAUGUUUUUGUCAGUCGGAUAUAUCAACAUAAAAGUAAUCAUGAUUUGUGUCUUUUUUUUUAAGUUUUUGUACAUGAUUGAAGAUAAAGCUUUGACAUAUUUUUUGUUUUAAGAACAUUAGU